UCCAUUUGUAACUUUCUCUAAUCUCUGCUUCGAUGUGUUCGGGUUGUAAAAAGAUAAUAAUAAAUAAAUAAAAAUAAAAUCGUGGUCGUUAAAGAAAGGAAAAUGAGCUGCUAUUGUUUGUUUUUCAGAUAGUGAUGGAAGUUAAAAAAUAUAUAAUAUUAUAAGCAGGAGAUGGAACAGAAGCCAGUGGUUGAGAUGGAGUUUGUGAAGGUGGACAGCAUCAAGGAGGAGGUCGAGGAAGAGACUCCACUGGCUGGCGUCCAACCAGCUGCUGUGUGGCAGGAGGAGAUGGAACAGAAGCCAGUGGUUGAGAUGGAGUUUGUCAAGGUGGACAGCAUCAAGGAGGAGGUCGAGGAAGAGACUCCACUGGCUGGCGUCCAACCAGCUGCUGUGUGGCAGGCAGGUGAUAAUCCUGCUGUGGAGACUAGCUCUCUGGCUGGAGCUUCCAGAACAAGAGCUAGUUAUAGCGGUGAAGGCAGUGCGUGUCUCAAGACUGAAUGUGUACCAGAAGAUGAUACACAGGCAGAAACUGCUACCUGCGGUACUAGUUUGAUGUCUGACAUUUGCGUCAGUGUUUCAACAGAUUGCAAGGGCCUUCACCAUCAUCAGCAUUUGUGUUCUUCAAGCAAACAAGACAAAGAUGCUCCAAUUAUAAGACAAGAGCCACUAGUACGUCAUUUAGUUGAACACAACAUAUCUCUUACAGGGGAGCGUCCCUUCAAGUGUAAUGUAUGUAGUAAAACAUUUGCUAGAAAAAAAAAUCUUACUGAACACAGCAAGUUACAUACAGGAGAGAGUCCCUUCAAGUGUGAUAUGUGUAGUAAAACAUUUAGUAGUAAAAAAAAUCUAAUUGAACACAACAAGUUACAUACAAGUGGGCGUCCCUUCAAGUGCGAUAUGUGUAGUAAAUCAUUUAGUAGUAAAAAAAUUCUUAUAGUACAUAGCAAGUUACAUACAGGGGAGUUACCCUUCAAUUGUGAAUUAUGUAAUAAGUCUUUUAGUUGUAAAAGGGAUCUCAUUGCACACAACAGGUCACAUACAGGAGAGCGUCCCUUCAAGUGUGAAGUGUGUAACAAAUCAUUUGCUUGGAAACAAAGCUUUAAAUUACACAACAGCUUGCAUACAGGGGAGCGUCGUCUGAAGUGUGAAUUCUGUAGUAAGUCUUUUAUUACUAAAAGCCAACUCAUUGUACACAACAGGUCACAUACAGGAGAGCGUCCCUUCAAGUGCGAUCUGUGUAGUAAAUCAUUUGCUAGUAAAAAAAAUCUUAUUGUACACAUCAAGUUACAUACAGGGGAGUUACCCUUCAAGUGUGAAUUAUGUCAUAAGUCUUUUAUUUCCAAAAGGGAUAUCAUUUUACACAAAAGAUCACAUACAGGAGAGCGUCCCUUCAAGUGUGAUGUGUGUAACAAAUCAUUUGCAAGGAAACAAAACUUUAAAUCACACAAGAGGGUGCAUACAGGGGAGCGUCGCAAGUGUGAAUUCUGUAGUAAGUCUUUUAGUUCUGAAACGGAUCUCAUUGUACACAACAGGACACAUACAGGAGAGCGUUCCUUCAAGUGUGAAUUAUGUGGUAAGUCUCUAAGUUCUAACACGUGUCUUAUUUUACACAACAAGUUACAUACAGGGGAGCGUCCUUUCAAGUGUGAAUUAUGUGGUAAGACUUUUAGUUUUAAAAGGUAUCUGGAUAUACACAUCAGGGUACAUACAGGGAAUCAUCCCUUCAAGUGUGAUGUAUGUAGUAAGUCUUUUAGUUGUAAAAGGGAUAUCAUUACACACAUCAGGCUACAUACAGGGGAAAGGCCCUUCAAGUGUAAUGUGUGUAGUAAAUCAUUUGUUAGGAGAGAAGUAUUUAAUGCACACUACCGCUUACAUACGGGGGAGAAUGCUAUAAAGUGUGAAUUAUGUAGUAAGUCUUUUAGUUCUAAAGCGGCUCUCAGAGUUCACAACAGGUUGCAUACAGGGGAGUGUCCCUUUAAUUGUGAUAUGUGUAGUAAAUCAUUUAGUGUAAAAGAAAAACUUAUUACACACAUGAAAGUACAUACAGGCGAAGGUCUCUUUAAAUGAUAGCUUGUAGAAAAUAUUUAAUCCAAGUCUGUGGAAGCACCUGAAACAGCUCUAGCUCAGAUAUAACUUGCUGCACUUCAGAGACAUUGUUUAGCAAGUGGCCAGUCUCAAGAAACAACUCUAGCGGAGCUAUAACAGUUUUCUUUUGUCUGGUUUACAGAGUGAGAAUGAAGGGCGAAAAACCAUUAUGUAAAUACCGUAUUUACUCGCAUAUAGGUCGCGGCAAUUUUACCAGAUUUGGUGGGGGAAAAAAUGAAGUGCGACCUAUAUGUGAAGAAAAAAUUUUUUAAAAUUUUUGAGGGAUUUUUUUUUUGCAAUAUUUUGCUUUAAAAUGCGAAAAAGAAGUUUGUAUAGGUAUAGGCAAAUUUAUUUACAAUGUUCACAUACAGCGAAACGUUACCGUUAUUUACGUUUUCCCGUUAUUUGCACUAUAUUCUUCAGGUCCCGUUUAGGUCCCAUUUAGUCCAAUACAAAACUUUCACGCAAAUUACGACUCAAAAAUCGAAUCCAUCCCGCUAUUUACGUCACGUAACAACCAUAAACAACCAGAAAAUACCGUGGGUACAUUAAUAGUAAAUAAGAUUAGCUAGUAGGCCUAAAAACAAUAAAAACAUCAUGAAAAACGUUAACGUUUAUAGUCGGCAAUGAACAUUUUAAAUCGCAAAAUAUACAUAUUUUAUAACAUGAAAAGUUGCUUUUAUUUCUAAACAUGUAAUAAUUUAAGCCUAGGCGUGUAAAAGUCCGAGUAAUUAUAGCAGGAGACAAUCUAAAACGCACGAGGUAAAAACGUAAACUCACGAAUGUAUGAACGUGGCUGAUCGUUAAUUUCUGAUACUGUAUUUGUGUCACAACUUAGACGAAAUACUGGUACGAGACAAACUUCACAAGAUAAAAUGAGCGGAGUCUUGGUAACUGUUUUAUACGUAUUUUAUAAUUUCGGAAGUAUUGUACAGUUGACGCAUAUUUUUUAAACUAACAAUUUAUUUCUGGGGAUCGUAAAUAAUUAAUUAUUGGUAUCAAGAAAUCAAGAUUAACGUAAACUUGAACAUGUCACGGCAGCGAGAAAACUGGUGCGUAUACCAAUAAACUGGUAUUAGAACUGGACAAAACUGGUACACGGGAGGUGGAGCUUAUAUUUUUUCCGCUAAGCUUGUGUCUAUUGGCUGGCUGCUGAUGGGACGUCACGAGUCUGGGCGGAGCAUUGAGUGAGUUAUACUGCGCAUGCGCAGCUCAGUGAACAAAGAGCGAGCAGGCGCGCAGUAACAGCAGCUGAUCGGGUACAAUGACCUUUCUCCGCGCACGGCGCACGGCGCGGUAAUGAAUUACCGGUGCGACCUAUAUGGGGGGAAUCUUAAAUACCAAAUUCAAGACCUAUCUGCGAUGGCGACCUAUAUGCGAGUAAAUACGGUAUGUAUUUAUUCCCCAACCUCCUUCUUUUUUCAUUUUUGGUAGUUUCAUAUCUUCAGCUCUACUUCUUUUAAUAGUUCAAAUUUAAAAAAAAUUCUUAUCGAUUUAAAAAUUAACUCAAAAAAUUCAACAGUUGGUUUUAUGUAUUAUUUUGAUCUCAAUAUUGCAACCAAAAAAUUUGUGAUAGGAUGAGAGGAAAGUGGAAUAAUUGAAAAAGAUUAUUGAGGAAUGUUUAUGGUGGUUUGGUAAUGGAAGUGACAGUUACGUAACUUUCACAUUAAACAAUAACCACAGGGGUAACUAUUAUCAUACGUGCCAAAUUUUAUGGUUACACUGAAAUAUUAAUGGGAAUUAAUGUUUCAGGUCUAAAGUAUUUAAUAGGUAGAACACUAGAGCAGAUUCUUUAUUGGUGUGUUAGUAUUGUAUUGUUGUCUGUGCAAAAGUUAAAGGCAUUUCUUUUAGCUGCGUUGUAACUGUUGUACUAAGUAUAUUGAACAUUUGUGAUCACUGUUAUUUCAUUUCGCUAGUUGUUGGCUUUGGAUCAUUGUGGUAGGAGUAAGUAUGCAGAGAAUGUGUGGUGGCUAAGAUUUUAGAUUAAUAUAUUUAUAAGAAAGAUGAUUUUGAAGAACCAAUAAUGUAGAACUUUAUGAAGCUCUUUUUUAAUGUAAAGAGGUUUGCGAUUUGAAUUAAGAUAAAUUUUUUAUUAAUUAAAUCACUUUUUUCAAAUCUUUUAAAACAGUGCUUAGCCUCCCUUUUUGGCAAAUAAAUUUUAGUUUUCCUUUUUAUUUUUUUUUGCUUUAAUUUGGGUUUGGUGCCUUUUGCCAAUACAUGUUGUGUAACAGACAUUAAAAACAUUCUAUUUGUGUGUUUUCCCACAGUUUCUUUGGCUGAAAGGUUUAUUUUUGUCAAGAUCCUAAAUUCUGUAGGUUAUGAGAGCCUCAACAAAUGUGCUGUACACAAGUGUUAGUGUCAGCGAUGAAAUGAGUUGGAAUAAAAUAAAUUUAAAAAAUAUUUGAAUCAAGUAUUUGAGAAACAACAUAAGUCACAAACAACAGAUUUUACAGAAAGUGAAUAAAAUGUAAUAGUUAAUGGCAUGUGGCAAAAUAUGUAUAUGUGAUACUAUGGAUACAUUACAACGUUAAUUUACUUCUCUUUAAUGUAAAAAAGAAAGACAUUGUAUUUACAACACCCCCAAAAACUAUAUUUAAAAAUGCUGGACUUAUGUUGUUUCUCAAUUUCCUACAUAAACUCAAAAAAUAUUGUUCUCAAAUGUGCUAUUUUUGCUUUAAGGUAGUCGUAAUAUUCCACUAAUCAUAUUAUUUAUUUGCGUACACAAAGUAAUACUAUAAUUUUACUUAGAACAUAAAAAAAUACCAAUAAUUAUAUGAAUAUAAAUGCAUCCAGUCCCUAAUGCACUAAUUUUGCUGAUAUGAGAAAGUCUAUACGAUUUAGGUUUUUAGAUCUACCUUUGUAUAUGCGGCUUACACCAACUUUAACAUUGAGAGAUCACAUUUUAAUAUAAAUAAGUAUGCAUAUGUCCCUCUUCAAAAUGCACUAUUUGCUGAUGAUGUGCGGUAAAGUCUACAUUGAUGUGAUUAAUCAUCAGACUGGUUUUGCGUUACUUCUGUUACACAUGUUGGCCACAAGAAUAAUCUAUACUAAUAUUAUAAAGCUGAAGAGUUUGUUUGUUUGUUUGUUUGUUUGAACGCGCUAAUCUCAGGAACCACUGUUCCGAUUUGAAAAAUUCUUUCAGUGUUGGAUAGUACUUUUAUCGAUGAAGGCUAUAGGCUAUAUUAUAUUAUCACUAACAUUAGGGAUUCUUACUAAAAGUCCAAUUUAGAAUCAAAUGCGUUGGAGGGGGUUAGAUACAACAUGCAGUACACGUACGAAGUGUGUGUUGACAAUGCCGCAGGCGCUAGAAGUUUAUUUCAUAUUGCCUAUUAACAUUGUUGCCACGCACUAGAUGCCUUAUCAUUCUUAAUUUUCCCAUAAAAGUAAAAAACACCCUUGUGAUAUUAACUACGAAGCAAUCAGUACCCUCAUAAGAGUUCAAUUAAUAAUUAAAUACUUUUUAUCACUUUAAAUCGCAAACCUAAACUAUUGUUUUUAUCUCUCUCUGUGUUUAAUUUGUUUUUUUUAUUGCCCUUUUAUUCAAGUAUAUAUAUUUUACAGACUUGAAACUUCACAGUAAUGUUCCUUAUGUUACGCAGGAUGACAUUUUCCGAAAAUUAGAUUCCAUGGGUGGUUUAAACCAGGAAACAGUGGGUACUUUGUCUGCAUGAGAACAGGAUUUUGCAUUGUUCAUGCCUUCUGCGUCUCCAUGGCAACGGGCAACGCGCGGCAGUAGCGUACCCACAAGGAGGGGCAUGUAUAAUGAGCGGCGCAAUAGUGAUCUGCCUGUAGACUGCCGUAGCGAAGUACGGGUACAUCAGUUGUACGUUGCGUGUACGAGUCGGGAAACCAUCGGUGCUAUUCAUUUUCUCUCCGGUACAUUAUACAGCAUUGUAAUAAAUUUUCACCAAAUUUUUUUUAUUUACAAUUACUGUAAAUGGGAGAUGUGGCUUAAUUUUUUUCCAUUAGUAUAGCCGUGCGAAGCCGGGUCGGGCAGCUAGUUAAUUAUAGAAUGACUGGCAAUCUUCUGUGUGUGGCAAGUAGUUUUGCAACUUGCGGAGGUCAUCUAUUUUUGUCUGGUUGAUAGGGAUGCAACCUGCAGGAUACACCAUGUUUUUUUGGAAGAACAAGGUCCGCAAGUGUGCAAUUUAGAACCCUAAAAUAGUGCUUGACAAGGGAAUCAAUGAAUGGUCGUGCCACAACAAGUGAAGCAUUGUUACUUGCAUAACUGAAGUGCAUGAACUGACUUGGUUUGAAUCUUGUUUUCUGGUCUCUAGGCACAGAUUUUCCAUAGGACUCUUGUGACAGCACAUUCCUCUUAAAAUACUUGGGCCACCAUUGCUUGAAGUUGAGAAUGCUGAUGGAAUCUGCUAUUACAACAGUGAAGGAUCUCUUGCAGGAUAAAGUUACAAUUAUCUCAACAUACUCCUUGAUGGUGUACACUCUGUUGUACUUCUUGAUUUUUCUCUUGAGUACUGAGAAAUCCCUAUCGCAGGGCAGGAAAGAGUGUUCUCUUAUUGGGAAGUAAUGUUCGAUAUGUCUAAAACGUUUAAGAGAAGUUAAAGCAGACAACAUUCUGAUGAAUGUAUGGUUCUUAUUUUGUGCGCUGCACCCAUCAGAAAAAUAUGUACAACUCUUUGACUCCCUUCAAUGACGUAUUCAAGAACUCCAAAACAAAUGAACAUACCUCAUUAGGCCCCUUUGUUCCAAUUCCCUCAUGGUACAAAAAGAAAGAUGCAUUGCCAUCUUUGAGAUUAUGUAUGCAGAAAACACUGAUGGUUAACUGUCUAAGGUAAAACACCUCCUGGACUGGAAUGCAAGGCAACUGUAAAUUCUGCAUGAAAUCUAUGCAAAUGGCUCCCAAAUCACCCGUUUUAUCAGCUUUGAUUAUCUCGCUGAUUUCCUUUAUUUUCGUUGAAAAUUUCUUAGCCCGAUGCAAAUAUUUUGCACACAUUUUUCUGCUUCAGCUACUUUCUUAACACACUAAAUCUAUGGCUGUACGGGAAUCAAGCAAAUUGGUGCUUUGUGGUGUUUGAGUGGGGUAUUUGAGAAACAACAUAAGUCCUGGACUUAUGUUGUUUCUCAAAUACAUAGCAAAUAGAGAAGGCUGUAUCUAUGCAAUGAUUGCGUGGACUUAAGUGGUUAUUUGCUAGCAUGUACAACUACCCUCCAACAAACUUUUAUUGUUGGUAACUCAUUUUCGCCAAAAUGUGGACUUAUGUUGUUUCUCAAAUUCCCGAUUCAUUUAUGGUAGCUGACACUAAAGUAAAGAGUUUUGUAUAUUAGGCUAGUUAUUUUUAUGCACCAAGUUUUGAUAUUUAUAUCUUAGUCCAAAUACAUGUACAUACUUUGUUUCUUAGAGCUCUAUGUAACUACUAUUUUUAAAGUGUGAAGAAAAUUUUUUGUAUUAAAAAUAUUUAAUUAUAUUAAUACUUAUAAUAUUUCAAAGGCAUAAUUGGUUAUGUAUCACAUUGAAUAUUAAGUCAAUUAAGCUAUGAUAAAAAGUUUGUCCUGAAUUGUACUUGUUAUGCAAAAUUUGUUCCAUAUGAUUUAUGCUAGUUACAUAAUUUACAAACAUUUUACCGACAGGAACUUAUGAGUUGGCUGGUAUGUAUUACUCUGGGGGUAGUUCGAUAUUCACUUAUGCCUACAAGUUAUAAGUUGUACUGAACGGGAGGCAAGGCCCCUUUUUAUAACUGCUAAAAGUAAAACACAUAGAUUACUAACAACUUAAAAAGUAUUUGUCAAUGAACAAUAUUUAUUUCACAAUUUUCUUUUAACAAAUCGGUUAUUUAGUCUUGCAGAGACAUUAAAAAAGUACUAUAUAUAUUUCUCUUCUCUGUAAAUCUCACUUCAUUUUAUUUGACCAGUCAAUGCGUACCAUUCUUACAUUUACAAUGGUAUUAAAUUUAAAACUGAUUUAAACUUCAACAACUCUGCCACAAUAUUACAUUUUUGCUACAGUAUUAGAAAACCUGAGAAAGUAAGGGAGAUUACAACAUAUUUAUGGAUUUCUUCUUGUGCUGACAAAAGUAAAGGGUUGAGACACCAAAAAAAUUCAGAAAUGUUUAAUAUCACAAAAUUUGGUUGAUUUUCCUUCUUUUAGUUAGGUAGUUCUCAGGCAUUUUUCAGUAAACACAUUGUUUUUACAAUAAAAAACUUAUUUACGCAUGUUUACAUACAAUUGUGAUAGUCUUUACACAAUAGUUUCAGGAGAAUCAAUAGUGUUCGUUUGCAAAAACACACAUUUUGAUUUUAAACUGCAUUAAUUUUACUACGUGGCCAUUCAUUUUGAUGGUUAUGUAUUGUCUAUAAAUAAUUAUUAUGAAGCAGAUUUUAUUUACAAUAUUUCUGAAGAUUACCGGCUUUAUUAAUAGAGAUAAAGUUACUAAGAGUUAGUCAAAAAUAGCACAAUAAUAUUAUUAUUUUUGAUAAAAUUUGAAUCAAGUGUUUUCAAGGAGGAAUAUUUGUGAUUUCUGAACUGUCCAUGUAGACAGGAUGCGUAGGUAGGGCUUAUUUCUUAAUAUUAAACUAAAUAUAUGAAACGGAAUUUCAGACAGCACAUGUUUAAUUGCCUUUGGGGAAAACAAAUGGCAUCCAGAAUCAUUUAGAAAUUUAAUUAUAAAUUUUUUUUUUAGAAAGAACAACACAAUGUGCUAUGAAGAGUGGCAUCACCAUAAUCAGAAAAUCUGCAAGGUCGUCGGUAUGAAGUGAAUUGCGCGUGGGGGUGGUGGGGGGGGGGGGGGGUGUUAGUUUGCUGUAAAUAGAGAUCUCUGGCGCCACCACAUGGAUGGGAUCGUGGACCCAGCUAUCAACAAUGUUCCUGGGCCGGACGUGGCCCAUUUGGAGCUAGGCUCCUUUUUCCCCUGUGUGGAUAGACUGGAACUUACCAGCCCACUCUCAGCAGUGGGCACACUAUGUUAUCAGUGAAGACAACUGCUAGUGGGAUCUUGAGGUGCCCCACACACCUCAGUCUCUGCACUGGAAAGCUCGUGGUUCAUGGUUGAGAGAUGAAUACGAGCGAGUCAGGGUGACUUGUCAGUUUUAUUGGUGCCGUCACAUACCUUGACAAGACUCUGGAAAUCACACAAUGAGGAGUUUGACGUCAACCGGGCCUGCGCCCCAGAAGCCUGGCCACCUUUCCCCUCACCCCCCCCCCCCCGCCUCACUUACCGUACUGGCAGCCGCUCAGUCUUGAGUACGUAGUCGGGUGGUUGUGUUUGUAUAGCGCACCACGGACGUCAAGAGGGCGCUGUAGCAGCAGUGCACCACACCCCUUUAAUUAAAGAUAAACAUUGUAAUUUUUUUUUUGCUUAUUUUUCCCCAAGUGGAGUGUGACGGCAGAUCGGCCGGGAGUGUUUUAUGUACUUUAAGUAAUUAAUAUUUAGUUAAGGCAUAAACAACGACAAGACGUACCGAACAUGCACGAGGCAAACUGAAGUCCGCUGAAGCCGGACUGGUUAUCAUUAAUAAUAAAUUGUUGUAAUUUUAGUUAAUAGUUUUUAUCAUGUUUUAGGUGUAAUCUAAUUAUUAAGAGUGUUUCAUGUUUUACCUGUAGCUUCCUGUGGCACGUAAUCGUAAAUAGGUAUAACGGUAACUGGUUCGGCGCGAAGACACCAUGUUAGGUUAGCAGAGCCCUGAGCUCACCCCAGUCCUUUGCCAGCACCAACCAAGAGCAGACGCAUCAGCACCCCGGGGACCUCACCGCUUGCCUACACUGCUAAGUAAUUCUGUUAAAUUUUAAUUAUCUUAAAUCUUGCAUUCAUAAUUCCUCGGGGCUUCUCUCGGUCGGGGGGACUGUUUAAAUAAUUGUAUGAGUGACCACUAUGGUCCUUUUUAUGCUAAUUACCUACUUGUAGAGUGUGACCACGUGGUCAUGUCGCACCACGUGAACCGAUUCGUGCCAUAGGUGCUGUGUGAUAUAAUCAAAGGUGUAGGCGAAGUCGCAACUAAUACACCAGUGCAUACGAUUUUAUUUGUAUUUGUUUAUUUCAACAUCCUGAGUGUGACGGGGUGUGGGACGCCGUAAGAGCCCACUGCGUAGGUGAAGAGCGUAGCCGACGCUGAGAGCGGACCAGUGGCGAGUACUAGGAUUGGCUUUAGGGGGGUUAAAAUCACGCCUCACAUGGGUGACGUCACGGCCCUGAAAAAGUCUCUCCCGGGUACGUGCCCCUUGCACGGUGGCACCCACAAAUUAAUCUCAGUGCAUGUAUCGACGCGAACCCCCGCUUAGUAUAAGGACAGUUAGGCCGCAGCCAUGUCAAGUUGUUACAUAUAAAAUAUUUAAUAUUGCCGACGGCAUGUAGUCCAGCUUAGUUGCUGACCAGGACAUCGCUCUGAAAGUACAAAAAUCGUCGUGCUACUUAAAAUGCUCCGGAGAGCUUUAAAAAAUUAGGUAUAACUGUCUACCGCCAAGGUAGGCCUCGAAAAUGACAAGAAAAGGUUUAAAGAUACUUAACGAUGGCAGAUUUAAACAGAUCAGUGACGAGUAACAGGUUGAAUUCAACAAGGUGUGGAGAUGCUUCCUACCCCGGACUGCGAACGGAAGUGACUGGACAUUUACCAGGGUGUCAUUGCCGCAGGAAGUAGUGAAUUUACCAUUAUCUUCUUAAAACACAAAAGCAAAUAUACAUUACAUGUUUAAACCCUUAAAAUAUAUCAUUGUGGCCGUCAGGGCCACAUUUAACCUUGUAAUUAAUUUUGGCUUUAUUGAGGUUAAUAGCUUUAAGUUUUAUAUAGUUUUAUUUUACGUAUUUUUAUGUUUUUAUUUUUUAUUUGAUGUUAAUUCAUCUCUUUAAAUAAUGGUUGUGACUGUUAAUAUUUUAUUUUAAGCUAAGCGCUUUAUUUUGUGUUUCGCAUGAAUUCCACUUGGUGCGCUACCGACGGUUUGGCAUUGACGUCACCGACGCGGCCGGCCGGGAGUAAGGGGUAUCAGCUGGAAGCGAGGACUUGUUGGCGAGACUCGUGCGGAGAACGGAGCAUGUGACGGCGGACGGAAGAGCCGGGCGGCAGCGGGC